AAAUUUAUUCAACCUUUUUGUUUUUCAUCCAUACAAUUUUCUUUUCGUACUUCUUGUUUGUUCUUCCGCCUGGCAAAUCCACCGAAGCCCGGCCGGCUGAAAUUAAGAAUCACAAUAAAAAAUUAAGAGGAAAAAAAAGAGUAGAGUAAACAUUCAAACCUGCCGAGUCCAAAUUCUUUCUUGCGUUGGCUGGUUCUAUUGUUUUCUCCUUUUUGUUUACUUUCUUUGAUCCCUCUUUUUUAGGAGGGGAUUUAAGAGAUACUGAUUAAUUAAUGGAGAGCAUAUCGUUAUGGCAAGGUUUGGCACUUUGUGGGAUUGUGUUGUGGAUUGUUAUAUCUUCAUCCCUUGAUGUCACUCGAAAGCUUAGAACUUUGGUCCAACCUUGGGUUUCUCACCAUGUCAUCACUGGCACUCCUAUCAUCCUCCAGAUCCAGAAAUAUCAGCAUGGAUUUUUGGAUGCUUUAUUCUCUGGAUCAUCCUGUGUUGUUUCUGUGCCUUUCUACACUGCUUUUCUUCCUUUGCUUUUCUGGAGUGGGCAUGGCAAGUUGGCUAGGCAAAUGACCCUUUUAAUGUCUCUCUGUGAUUAUUCAGGAAACUGCAUAAAGGAUGUGGUAUCAGCUCCUCGACCCUCUUGUCCUCCUGUUAGGAGAAUAACUGCCACAAAAGAUGAGCAGGAGAAUGCUUUGGAAUAUGGAUUGCCUUCUUCCCACACUCUUAACACAGUUUGCUUAUCUGGAUACCUAUUGCACUAUGUUUUAUCCUAUACCCAAAAUGAAGAUGCCUCUUUGAAAUUUGCGGGAUAUGCCAUUGUUUGCUUGAUUGUUUGCCUCGCUGGCUUGGGAAGAAUUUACCUCGGAAUGCACAGUGUAAUUGAUAUCAUAGCUGGUCUUGCUGUUGGUUUUGUGAUCCUUGCCUUUUGGCUAUCCGUCCAUGAUUAUGUCGACAGUUUCGUAGUCUCGGGACAAAAUGUGACAACAUUCUGGGCCGCCCUAAGCCUUUUAUUGCUUUUUGCUUAUCCGACACCAGAACUUCCAACUCCAAGCUUUGAGUUCCACACAGCCUUCGAUGGUGUUGCAUUUGGAAUAGUGGCCGGAGUCCAGCAAACCUACCACCAGUUCCACCAUGAGUCAGUGCCCCGCAUAUUUACACCACAACUCACUCUUUCAGCCUUUCUUGGACGAAUGCUCGUGGGGAUACCAACAAUACUCAUUGUGAAGUACUGCAGCAAGGCACUGGCAAAAUGGAUCCUUCCUAUUGUAACAAACACCUUGGGCAUUCCUAUAAAAUCAACCAGCUACAUCCCCAUGCUAAAAGGAUCAGUUACUGGUAAAAAGACGGAAGAGCUUAAGCAAUCAGGUUAUAUUAAGAAGUUACCCGUUUUCUCAUCUCAGGGCUCAUUUGAUGUUGACACGGGCAUUAGAUUCCUCCAAUACUCAGGCCUCGCUUGGUCUGUGGUGGAUCUUGUUCCUUCUCUCUUUUCGUAUCUGAGGUUGUAAAGAUCCUAGGGUGAAUGUAUCAUACCUUCAUCUUAUAUAUAUAAUUGCAUAAUUUUUUUCAUCGAUGA